AUGAGAGAUUUACAUCUCAAGAACAGCGAUUUCCACACCUAUCUUGCAAAUUUCCAAGAUCUUAAGGCAAAGCUGAUAUCUCUGGGGAAAAACUGGGCUGAGUGUACCUAUCAUGAUCUAUUCAUUCUAGGAUUGAGAGAUUGGCAACAGGAAUUCAUUAGAAUGAAGCUGGAUGAAUUCUAUACUACUAAACAGAGCCCUAUUCAGAAUCUGAACCUUGAUGAUUUGAUGAAUCAACUGGCCACGCGAGCCAUCAUCAACAUGCCUGCUACUAUCACUCAUUCUUCCACUAACCUGAACCUCACAAAUGCUGAAUGGAAGAAGUGUAACAAGGAAUGUAUCAAGGCAUUGAAGACAGUAAAGAAUAAGAAGAAUAAGGAUAAAGAUGAUAUUCUCAUGAGCCAGUCAGACCAUGAAUUCUUUGCAGGAGUUUCCCUGAAUGUCUAUGAACUUAUGAAGAAUCAAUCAAGUUAUUCACAAGAUGGAUAA